GUGUCUAUUAAGAGUCGGGGCGUGUCUUGCAGUGCGUGCCUCACGCCGAGGGCGGGGGGAGGUUCCAUUGGGCGCCGCGUUGCCAUGGCGACUCGGUGGGGGAUUUGGUGGCGUUGCUUGUACGCGGAUGGAGGGAGCAGCUGCUGAUCUCUGACACAUCCCCCCCCAUAGCAGCUCCCGCACUGCCAUAUUGUACCGGGACACGGUUCAUGCCGAGUGAUACGAUUGCAUGGGUCCGGUUACGGGAAUGACUCCUGACAAGAACGUAGAAACUCCCGGAGCAGAGAGAGUUGCAGGUUUGAGUCAAAUUGAUACAAUGGGUAGCCUGCCAGAAGAAGUUGGUGCAGCCAGGCCAAAGGCCUCUGCCGUGGACUGUGGCCCAGCAGAUGAAGAGCUGACAAAUUUGAACUGGCUUCAUGAGAGUACAAACCUGCUGAAUAACUUUAGCCUUGGAAGCGAGGGACUUGCAGCCAAUAAUCCAUUAUAUGACAUUGAAGGUGACAAUUCUCCAUCAGGUUGUCGAAACACAGAAAAGUCUUCUGCCUCCUCCAAACCUCCUUAUUCCUUCAGCCUCCUCAUUUAUAUGGCAAUUGAGCACUCCCCUAACAAAUGUCUGCCUGUGAAAGAAAUCUACAGCUGGAUCCUGGAUAGGUUUCCUUAUUUUGCCACGGCACCCACCGGCUGGAAGAACUCUGUCAGACACAACCUUUCAUUAAACAAAUGCUUUCGAAAAGUAGAAAGAAGUCAUGGAAAAGUAAAUGGAAAAGGAUCCUUAUGGUGUGUUGAUCCGGAGUAUAAGCCCAAUCUUGUCCAAGCACUGAAGAAACAGCCGUUUUCUGCAGCACUUGCAUUGUACACCCCUCCUGCCUCACCAACAAGUGUAUCCCCUCCACUUUGUUUAUCUUCUGCAUUGAAACAGACUCAAGGACACUCUGCGAAAGACUCUGACAUUGACGCUGCCACUGCAAUGAUGCUCUUAAACAGCUCUAUCAAGCACGAAGCUUUGGAUUGCCAGAAGCCUCAGCCUCUUAAGGCGGUGCUACCUAAGAAACGCAAUUACAGCAGCGCAUUCAAACACUGUGCUUCUCUGUCUCUUCAAGAGAGCGAUUCUACAGUCAUCAACAUCGAUCCCAAAGAGGAUCACAACUACAGUGCCAGUGGCACAGACUCUCAGCGAUGUGAAUCACGCUCCAGCGUGUCUUCCCUGUCCUCUGUCGACGAGGUGUACGAGUUCAUCCCAAAGAACAGCCACGCAGGAAGCGACGGCAGCGAAGGGUUUCACAGCGAGGACGACACAGAUAUGGACUAUGAGGAAGAUGCACUUGGUGACAGCGGCUACGCUGCCCAGCCCUGUAUAAAUUCUAGCAAAGAACAGCAUGGCAAAAAACUGCGAAAAGAAGCCUGCCAAGAUAUCGACGAUGAGCUUAAAGAGGCAGCAGGAUCGCUUCUCCAUCUAGCUGGAAUCCGCACGUGUCUAGAUUCCCUUUUAAAAACUGCAAAAGCCCAGUCCCAGAAGCAUAGAAAAUAGUCAGUCUGCCUGCCUGCAAGUUUUGCUGUAACCAGUUGUACUUUCUUUUCCCUUUCUCCAUCAACUCAAAGCGUGGCAAUAUUUUUCAGCCAGUUCUUUUAUUUUUUUUUUCUCUAGGAGAUCAAAGCCAUAAAAAAUUAGGCUUGUUUUGUAUUUGUUUUGCUUGUUCUCAGCUAUCUUGACUUGUUUGUUCUCCCAUGAUUACUGCCUUAGAAUAAUCACUUUUUUUUGUUAUGUAGCAGAAGUGCAUGACGUGCAAAAUUCCCCAAAAUAAGCUAUUUAAUAUUAUUGAAAUGUACCUGACUCAAUGGAUUCCUAAAAUCGUGACGCAACCCUCGCUAUGAGCUGCUGACG